AUGAAAAAUAGCAUAUUUCACAUUUUAGAAAUUGAUAUACCAUUAAAUGAUGGUAGUAAUAAAAGAUAUUGGUAUGGCUCAGUUUCAAGUGAUGAUGGUGUAAUAAAGAUGAUGAAGAUAAAUGAUAUUAAGGACUGGGAGAGUUUUAUUCAAAGGCGUUCGAGCCGAAUUUUGGAAAAGAACAAAAUUUUAUCAAAUUAUGAGGAAAUUUUUAACAAAAACAAACCAAACGUUUUUUUCUAA